GGGGUCUCAGUUACCUCACCCUCAUCUUCCCUCCCGCCCUCUGCGGCCUCCCCACCCCCCCCGGGCGAGGCCGCUAUAAGAAGGCCCCGUGGCGGCCCCGGGCGUCCGAGCGGGUGCGAAGCGAAUCCCGGGAGUGGGACCAUGUCCGCCGGUCGUCGCAGGUACCCGGGGGUGGCGGGGAGGCCGGGGGAGGGAAAGGGGGCAGGGGUCGGGCCGGAGGGUGCCCGCAGGGUCCGCGUGGCUCCCCGCAACUCCUCUCGCCCCUGCGGCCCGCCGCCGCUGGCCCUGGCCCUGGCCUUGGCCCUGGCCCUGGCGCCGACCCCGACGCCGGCCCCGGCGCCGCCCCCGGCCCCGGCCCCGACCCCGAUCCCGCCGGCGCCCCCGGAGAACGGCUGCCCCCAGGGCUGCCGCUGCGCGUCGUCGCCCAACGCCAGCUCGGUGGUGUGCCAGGCCCCGGGGGGCGCCCCGCCCGCCCGGCUGCCCGCCGCCACCACGCACCUGUCCCUGGAGUGGGCCAACGUGUCGGCGGUGGACGAGGACCUGCUCCGCGGGCUGCCGGGCCUCCGCGAGCUGCACCUGGCGGGCAACGGGCUGCGGGCCCUGGGCGCGGGGCUCCUGGCCCCCGCGCCCGGCCUGCGGGUCCUCGACCUCAGCCACAACGCCCUGGCCCGCCUGCCCGCCGGCCUCUUCGCCACGGCGGGGGCCCUGAGCCACCUGGCGCUCAAGGGGAACCGGCUGUCCGCCCUGCCGCCCGGCUGGCAGGAGGGCCUCGGGGGCCUCGGCUGGCUCGACCUGGCGGAGAACCGGCUGCGGGAGCUGCCCUCCGCCGCCUUCCGCAACCUCAGCCGCCUCCACACCCUGGACCUGUCGCACAACGUCCUGCGCCGCCUGCCCCCGGGCCUGCUGGACGGCCUGGCCCGGCUGGAGCGGCUGGACCUGUCCGGGAACCGGCUGCGGACCCUGGCGGAGGACACCUUCGCCCCCGUGCCCGGCCUGCGCUUCCUCUUCCUGCGGGGCAACGGGCUGGCCGACCUGCCGGCCGGGCUGCUGGGGCCCCUCGGGGGCCUGGACACGCUGGACCUGGCCGACAACUCCCUGACCUGGCUGGCUCCGGGCCUGCUGGACGCGGCCCCGCGGCUGGGAGAGGAGUUCGGCCAGGGCCUCGACCUCUCCGGCAACCCCUGGCACUGCGGAGAGGCCCUGGCCGGGCUCCACGCCUGGAUUCGCCAACACCGCCGCCGCAUGUUUGCCGUCAAGGACACCCUCUGUGCCAGCCCCCAGGUCCUCGAGGGCAAACCGCUGGCUGAAGUGGCCACGGCCACCUGAACCCGCCCGGGGGGAGGGUCUCCAGCGGACCCCGACCUCCCCGCCGCACACGCGCGCUCUCCCCAGUCGGGCACAGCCACUAGGCAACCCCCCGACGCGCACCCACCCACCGGCGCAGCCUUAUCAAAUCGGCGGGGAAAGUAGGAAACACGGUAGAAGUGGCCCCCGGGGGGGGGGGGGGGUUCGGUUCACCGGCUGCGGAAGGAGGGAAAUCACAAGUUCGAUUAAAGAAUCGACAAGACGCCACA